AAUACAUCCUAUCCUACCUGCAACAGCUCCUCGGGUCCCAAAUCUUAUGAAAUUGCCAGAAGGGUUACUGGAAACGACCACAAUGCAAUCAUUCUGUUUUGAAGUGGACCACAUAAGAGUGGUACACGCCAAUUUUGUGGAAAGCUGCGAUCACAGGUAUUGUGACGGACGUUACGGAAUUGAAUGUCCAGGCAGUACCGUAGACAAGAAAAUGAGUGUUGUAAGAAUUGGGAUUGACAUUCCGGACUUGACGUUGAAUGGGAGCCUUACAGUAGCAGAACGAUAGCUCUUGCCGUUUUCGAUCAUUCAUUCCUGAAGGUGACUCCAACUAAAUUAAAUUAUGUUGAAAUGUUGCGUUUUUCAAAGAAUGCAUUGCGACUACACAAAAGAUUCCGUGUAUUGGGUUGGUUUAGGCCAGGAAAAAGUGGGUCGGACACGCUGACAAGCAGUUUCAAAUUGCACAUAAGCGAGCUCAAAGUACUUGGUGGGAAAUUGACACGGCGAUACGAUAACUAAAAUUCUGUAAAAUUUCAACUUGAUCUGCAAAAGCUAACCGACAGCAGAAGCAUGGAAAUAUAUAAUGUAGGCGAAGAGAUACAACACCAUGAUCAACAAGGUGAAAUGGUAAACAGCAAAUACAUACAUCUCUUGAGUAUUGAUCUGGAUAUUAUUGCCGAUUGCACUCAAUUUUGCCGCGCUCAUCUCUGUUUUCAAAGUCGUUUUUUAAAUUAUACAAUUAUUUCUAUAGAUUUUCGUAGAAAACCUAAACAACUUAGCUAAAUAUGUCUGUACUAAUUAGAGAGUUGGACGUUAAUUACUUUGAGCACUUGCAGCGUCUAGUUGCAAACAAUUAUGAAGAAAAAUUGAUUGAGGAUAUUGAAAAUUGCCAAGUGGUUAUGGAAGAAGGCUUCAAAAUGAUAGGAGAACUUCUUCAUACAAAGAAACCAAAUAGAGCUGCAAUGACAACCAAUGUUCAAACGAAGAAUCUUGGCAAAAGAUCGAAUCAUGGUAACAUAACGGUAAAUUACUACCGAAUGAUGCACAUCAGAUUUGGCACAAGAAUGUCAGUCUUAAUGGUGGAAGCUAAGAUGGAGGCUAUUGUUCUGCGAUUGGAAAACAGGCUCCAAAUGGGACAACAUGUUACUGUGAUCGAUCCAACAUGUCGGAGCGAAUGGCGAGGUCUGCCCGUCAUUAAGACAAUACAUCCUAUCCUACCUGCAACAGCUCCUCGGGUCCCAAAUCUUAUGAAACUGCCAGAAGGGUUACUGGAAACGACCACAAUGCAAUCAUUCUGUUUUGAAGUGAACCCCAUAAGAGUGGUACACGCCAAUUUUGUGGAAAACUGCGAUCACAGGUAUUGUGACGGACGUUACGGAAUUGAAUGUCCAGGCAGUACCGUAGACAAGAAAAUGAGUGUUGUAAGAAUUAGGAUUGACAUUCCGGGACGUGACGUUGAAUGGGAGCCUUACAGUAGCAGAACGAUUGCUCUUGCCGUUUUCGAUCAUUCAUUCCUGAAGGUGACUCCAAGUAAAUUAAAUUAUGUUGAAAUGUUGCGUUUUUCAAAGAAUGCAUUGCGACUACACAAAAGAUUCCGUGUAUUGGGUUGGUUUAGGCCAGGAAAAAGUGGGUCGGACACGCUGACAAGCAGUUUCAAAUUGCACAUAAGCGAGCUCAAAGUACUUGGUGGGAAAUUGACACGGUUUGAAAGCGGAGACCUUGUGGUGUCGGAGGGCCAUAAUAUGCCUUCUAAAAGAGAACGAACCAAUGAACAAUCUAGUUCUAGUUCUUAA